AUGUCUAGUACGGCAUCAGCAAAGAGAAUAAAGCAAUUAAAGGAGAAUGAAUUUAAAAACAAAAUAGCUGAAAGUGGCUUUCACUCUGAAAUCGACUUAUCAAGCAGUACAGCAACUGACUUCUCAUUGCCAGCUAUUAGGAGAAAGAGCCUUGCUCCUAGACGAGCAAGUUUACAGCAAUUUUCUCUUAAUUUAACAUCAGAAAAUACGCAGCAAUCGUCAGGCUAUUCAUCGCUUUAUUCUUCUUCUUCAUGCAAUCUAACAACCACUGGAUCAACAUCAUCAAUAAGCAGAGCAUCGCGUACGCCAAAGAAGAGAAAGUCUGAAGUUACAGAGAGUGAUGAAAACUUUUAUAAUUCAUUCCAAUUUGUCUCGCCUGUAAAAAUUCGCAGACGGGAUGUAGAUGACAAAAAUUGCGCCAAAUUGGUGCUUAAAGAGAAAUGCAGCAGUGAGAAUGUGAUUCUUUGUUCUACACCAAUUCGUACGCAAAACACAAAAUGGGGAAAAUUCCGUAGCUUUCAUCCAGAAAAGUUACAUGCUGGAAAGAGCAACUUGAAUAAUGCGGAAGUGACUGAAAAAUUUACAUUUACGCCACCGAUCAAAUCGCUUGCCGAAGAUGAUUCAAUUAAUUUGAGUAAUAUAGAUUUUUCGAAUUUAAGUGGAAAUUUCACAAACAGUAAUAUACAGCAAGACAUUCCUGCGAAUUUACACAAUUUAUGGACUGAUGAUAUUAAGCAAUCGAAUCGUGCAGGUAUAAGCACAUCAGAAUCUCGGGUCAAACUAGUACAAUCGACAUUCUCGUCGUCGACAUCAACAAUCAAUUCCUCAAAGUCCAUUGAAAGGCGUAACUUCUUCAAUGGACGUUCCAAAUUUGACAUUUUGGGAACGUUGCACAGCAACCAUGAUAUUGCUGUCACCGAAAUUCUCAGCUUUAUGGAUGCAGCGUCUCUCGUAAGUCUGUCACAUGUCUGCAAAGAUUACAGUAACAUGAUCAAAGAUAACAAACAAUAUAAUACAAAGCGACUCAACUACCUCAAAAAAUGUAGAGCAAUUAAGGAAAACAAAGUACCACCGUCGAGAAAGCGUAAGGCAUUAAAUUUCACAAUUGAAACUGAGUAUGUCAAUGAAUCAAACAUUCGGGAUAAGAAGAAAAAGAAGGCUUUUGGACCUUACAAUAUUAAUUUAAAUUUGACAAAACAAAAGACUCCAUCACCUCCACAAAGUCCCUCGUCACGUCGAUUUAACGAAAUUCAAAAGCUUAUUCAAACGAACAAAACAACGACAUUUAAGCGCUGUCCACGAUGUCGUAAACCAGCAAAAAUAAGCACCGUUAAAAUUCGUAAUUCACCAAGAAAGAAGAAGACAGGCAGUGGCAGCAAUAGCAUUUUGAAAUUAUCGACAAGUACGGGACGUGUACAAAAAAGAUUUCGAACAACAUUCCUUUCUAAGACGACCAGUAUUCCCGAAAGCUUCCAUGAAGCUAUAACAGCUCCUCAUUACGUCACAUUGUCACACAUUGAUGAAGAUUCAAGCAGAAGUCCACAACGAUCAAGUAGCUGCGAUUCCCCAAAUUCAUCGGGAAGUGACGAAUCAUGUGGUAUGGAUGAAAUUUAUGAGUAUGGGAUAUGUACGGGAGUUGGAUGUAGCUUUAAAUUUUGUACAAAAUGCAACUGUAAAUAUCAUCCAAAGCGAAUUUGUGGCGAUUUAUCUCCACCAUCGCCGUCACGUAAUCACUCGAAAAUAUUGGCAGGAACUAAAGCUAGCCGAAAAUCGCUUAGACGAUUGAAUUAUUAA